ACAGUUGGUGGUGCAGUGGUUUUGUGGUUUCUUGCAAUCGGAGCCAUUUGCUCGAAUAGUUGCAAUUGACAAUUCGCGUCGUGAGGUUAAAGUUACAAAGAAAGACGCCAAAGAUGUACAACAAUUAUUGGUUGGGCCCUACGGCCCUCUGUCUGAUGGGGCUUCUUGCCUUGGCUGGUGGCAUACAAGAGAUGGGCAUGUCGAAUAGCAUUGCCCUGACACCGGGACAACCUAUGUAUUACCUGAUGGCGGAUGCCGGACGAUCUGUGGGUCCCAAUGAUGAGCUGAAACGUACGAAUCGUUCGCUCUGGAAGUGGUGGGAUGAUUUGUUUGCCCAGAACAAUUGCUGCAACAACAACAAUAAUAACAACAAUGUGUAUCCACCUCCUCCUGCUGCCCCACUCCCGGUAUUGGCACCACCAUUUAAUAACAAUUGCAAUGGAUUGCAGAACAUAGAUCCAUUUAAACAAAUUAAAUUGUUUAAGAAAUUACCCGAUCUUUUUGGUAAUACUUGUUCCGGCCAAUGCAAUGGCAACUGUGGACAACAACAACAACAGCAGCCUGGUUACGGAGCCGAUGGUGGCUAUGGAGGACCACCACAACCACCGCCAGCUGUGGCGCCAGCUAAUUAUGACACACCUAAUCCGGCCUAUGAUGGUCCAGGAGAUGGAGAUGCUGGUUAUGUGGCCCCACCGCCAGCUCAGGAUAGCUAUGUAGCACCCGCCCCGGCAAAGGAUAGUUAUGUGGCUCCACCACCUUCGGAUAGCUAUGUAGCACCAUCACCACCUGCUGCGGAUUAUAAGCCAAAGGAAUCUUCUUACAAUGCUCCUGCACCACCUCCAGCUGCUUACGAAGAGCCUGCUCCAGUCUAUGAUUCACCUGCUCCUCCUGCUUCCGAGAGCUAUGGCAAAGGGGAUGAUUACGCUCAACCUGCCAAAUCUUAUGGUGGCUCACCUCAACCCCCACAAAUUGUCUAUCAACCCAUAAUAUAUCUAUCGGCUCCGUCCCCAAGCAAAGUGGAUGUGCAAGAACAAAACUAUCAGCCAGCUGCACCAUCCCCUUCACCUAUCUAUCAAGCACCGCCAACUGCUUAUGCCCCACCGGCUCCUGCUCCACCUGCACCCACUUGUGGUAGUUAUUUACCUGUCUUGGGUGUCCCUGUUUGCAACUAUCAAAAGCCUGCAUUACCUGCUUAUGAAGCUCCACCACCAGCUCCAUCUUACGCCGCUGCACCCGUUCCGCCACCUCCAGCCACUCCCAGCUAUGCCACGCCCUCGUGCCAGACGCCCAUACGUUUAUCUCUCAUCGAUCAACCCUAUCGAGUGGCUCCUGAGCUCUUCGACGAAUACCAUUACCGCCUAAGCCUGGCCGAUCAAAAUAGAUUCUAGUGAUUCAUUCGAUAUACUGUAAAUAAAAACUAUCUACUGA